CCUAUAGAUGGCCCGCGCCUCUACCUUUAUUUUGAAGGGAAUAAAGGGAUUUCCGUCAGGUCUUUUUGAUGUACUUGACUUCGCCAUUUUGACUCGGUUGGUUUCUUCCUGAACUUUUCAAGAUUUUACGAGUUUCGUCGGAAUUGUGAAUUAAAUCAACAUGGGAGCUUGUUUGGCUCUGGGUUCUCUUGCCAGUUGUGCGUCCUGUUUGUGCGGCUCGGCCUCCUGCCUCCUGUCAUCAUGCUGCCCGUCAGCGGUCAACUCCACCGUGAGCCGGCUGGCCUUCUCCUUCCUGCUGCUGCUCGGGACUCUGGUGUCUAUCAUCAUGAUUCUCCCGGGCAUGGAGGAGCAUCUUAAAAAGAUUCCGGGUUUCUGUCUCGGUGGGACGUCUAUACCCGGCAUAGAGAACAAGGUGAACUGUGACAUCAUUGUUGGCUACAAGUCGGUGUACCGCAUGUGCUUCGCCAUGGCCUGCUUCUUCUUCCUCUUCUCCAUCAUCAUGAUCCGAGUGCGCAGCAGCAAGGACCCCCGAGCCGCCGUCCAAAAUGGUUUCUGGUUCUUCAAGUUCCUGGUGCUGGUUGGCAUCACUGUGGGAGCGUUCUUCAUUCCAGAUGGUAUCUUUAAUACAGUGUGGUAUUACUUUGGCGUGGUGGGCUCUUUCUUCUUCAUCAUCAUCCAGCUCAUCCUGCUGGUGGACUUCGCCCAUUCCUGGAACCAGGCCUGGCUGGAGAAGGCAGAGGAGGGAAACUCCAAGUGCUGGUUUGCAGCUCUGCUGACCUUUACCUUCCUCUUCUACGCGUUGGCUUUCACCGCCAUCGUGCUUUUCUACGUGUUCUACACCCAACCUGACGACUGCACCGAGCACAAGGUCUUCAUCAGCCUCAACUUCUUGUUCUGCAUCGCCGUGUCCAUCGUGGCCAUUCUGCCCAAAGUCCAGGAGGCUCAGCCUAGCUCAGGCCUGCUCCAGGCCUCCUUCAUCUCACUCUACACCAUGUAUGUCACCUGGUCAGCCAUGAGCAACAACCCCAACAGGAAGUGUAACCCCAGCCUGUUGAGUCUGGUCCAGCCCGUCAGCCCUACCCCCCCACCAGGACCCGCUCCUACCGCACACCCCGGGAACGUGCAGUGGUGGGACGCACAGGGCAUCGUGGGAUUGAUUAUUUUCCUCUUCUGUACUCUUUAUGCCAGCAUCCGCUCCUCCAACAACACCCAGGUGAACAAGCUGAUGCAGACGGAGGAGGGCCAGGGUCUGACCACCAACGAGGUGACGGCAGGGGAGGACGGAGUCCGCCGCGCUGUGGACAACGAGGAGGAGGCGGUCACCUACAGCUACUCCUUCUUCCACUUCAGCCUCUUCCUGGCCUCUCUCUACAUCAUGAUGACCCUCACCAACUGGUACAAGCCCGACACCGACUACCAGACCAUGCAGACCACCAUGCCGGCUGUGUGGGUGAAGAUCUGCUCCAGCUGGCUGGGCCUGGGCAUCUACCUGUGGACCCUGGUGGCCCCGCUGGUGCUCAGCGACAGAGACUUCAGCUGAACACGGUGACGUCAGUCAACAUGUGGUCGCUAUCCUCUUGUUAUUUGCACCUUUUCAGAAAAAUACUUUAGCUUCAAACUGAUUAGUUGGUUUCCUCGCAACUCCACAUUUAAAAUUGGAGAAUGAAGCUUUGUUUUUGACCCGAAGCCAUUAAAUGUUAGUUUUUGUGGCUCAAGUUAAAAUGAGCAGUUGUCGGAACAUUGAUUGUUUGAGCUUUAUCACACAUUCCAGUUUAACCAGCUCAGGUCUUUUUUCUAUUUCUUUAUUUUUUUUACUUCACUGUUACGAAUUGAGAGCACUACAUGCCUUUUAUAGGAUGUGACCAAAUAAAAUGACCAAUGAUCCUUUGGGCCAUUGAUGUUUUGGGUUUGUUUCACUACACCAAUUAACGUAAUUGUUUGUUCUUUUAAAAAAAAUAAUCAUUCCCUUCAAUCGGUUUUAAUGAGAUGUUGACUUUUUUUAGAUUUACUUUUUUGCAUUUUUAUGACACAGUUUUGUUCUAAUUCACCAUUUUAUAACAAGAGUGCCUUAUUAUAUUCUGCACACACAGAUAUACAGAAUGGCUCUUCUGAAUGGCUUAAGUCUUCAAUGUAAGGUUGCUUCCUCUAUAUACUGUAUAUUCACUUUUAUUACAAUCAAUAAAGUUGACAUUGUGUCUUAAAUCAGA